UUUCUCUCUCUGUCUUAAUUAUGUAGAUUGUCAAAUUUAAUAUUAAUAUUAUAAACCAGGAACUACGGUACUGUAUAUUGUUUUCAUAUAUGGGUAAUAUGAUUAUUUGAAUCGCCGGGUGCAUAAAACGAGGAAGUUGCACCUCAGAGUAUUUUGAAGAAAUGCAUUCAACUCAUCGACUGGAGUUGUUUCCUGAACGUGUUGUGACCCUGCUGCUGUUUAAAGAUGUCAAGAAUGCUGGAAUCUUGAGAAAGAAAGCAAUGGAAGGAGCUAUUGAUGGAGCCUUGAUAAACCCAACAAUGAUAGUGGACUCCUUUCAGAUACUGGUGGCUGCAAACAAGGCAGUUCAUUUACACGAAGUUGGGAAAAUGAAGACACGAAGUCUUUAUUCUGAAAUUAUAUUCAAUCUGUCACCAGCCAAUAAUAUUUCUGAUGCUUUUAAAAAAUUUGGGAUAUCAGACAGUGACUCAGCUGUUCUCAUUGUAUUGGUUCAUGAAAAAGAGGAUAAGUGUAACCCAGAGGAAAUUACAGCUCAUGUGGAGGGACGGCAAAUUUCCCUUGAAGAUCUGCCAACGAUUACAGAUGUGGCAAAAGUUAAAAAGCUUUACAAGCUUACCCCUCAGGAGGAAAAGGUUGGAACACUGCUUGAUGGCAUUAUUUGCAGAAUGGCUACAAAAGAUGUUAUAUAAUGUAGAAGUUUCCCUUAGAUAGUUUAUCGUGGAAUCUACUGUACAUAAAAAAAAAACUAAAAAAACAAGAAGCUCUGUUUUUCUUUUUUUUAUUAUUGUGAAGCAGUACUGUUUAACAUGCUACUCUAGGUGACAAACACUACAUAAUGGAUAUUGUUAUCUGUAUCAGAUAAAUAAAUUGUUCAGUGGUAUAAAAUUGAUAAUAUCUAUAAAUCAUUUUUUAUUGGUCAACAUUAGAUUAUCCAUACCUGAAGAAUGUGUGGCAUAUUGUCUUUAUUAUGGCAAAUAAAUACAUUCCAGUACUCAUUCCGUCAGGCAUUAUCUGCAAAGAAUAUAUCACUUCUCAUUGAUCAGUUACAUGGCUUGUUAUUCACCAAAUAGUUUUAAACCUGCUUGCCAAUAUGUCACGAUACUCCUUGCAGCAGUAGAAGGUUACAGUUUAGGAAGCUAAACAUAAAAAAAAGCAUUUAUGAACAAGAGGAGGCUGUACAGCCCAUCAAUGCUAAGUCCAGUUCCUCAUAGUUGAUUUAUCCCCAAGUCGGAUCUUAAUGCAUCCCAAUGGUUCAGCAUCAACAAGGCUGGGUAACCAUUUCCAUACCAUAACCCUCAGGAGAUUGCUUUUCAUUCCAAAUGGAAACAUGUACAGAUUAUGUAUUUUUCACAUGGCUUUGAAGCCAGCAACCUUAUUAAAUGCAUGAUAUGUUUAAACCUGUAUGGGGCACUACACCUUUAGGAAUACAAAUCCAAUAAUAAUUCAAAGGCACUUGAACAGUUAUUAUUCAACUUCCUUAGAGGUUAGGAAGCUGUAAAUAAGGAUUGACCCCUUCCUUGUUUUAUUGUAUGUCUCUGAAUAUAUAAAUUACAGUAUGUCUAUAGUAUCUGUCUUUUUGAAUAAUAAAU